AUGAAGGUGGAAUUGUUCAUGAUGCCAGAGGAUAUAAUUCACACCUCAAUAUACGUCAUAUAUCCGGUUGUCGAUGUGAGUACUACCACAUCCUUGCGUCCAGUAUUAACCGCCAUUCCGAGGCCGCAUCAAGAAGGACCAGCCACCUGGUACAGGAUGAGAGACGUAUCAUAUCACGGAAGACUAUACUUUAGUAUGAAGGUAACUGCUACUUCAAUGUACUCGUUUCGAAGUAACAUAACCGCUUCAUUAUGGGCAAGACGCAUUAAAGGUGAGCUUUGUCGUCAAGGUAAGGUAAGGUAUGAAAUCACAGGCUAUUCCACGAUCUCGCCAAGACGUGCUACAGGGAAGAGGGUUAGUCCAUUGAUCGACUCUCUUAGAGGCUAG